UGCCUCCCAACGCUAAGACUAGAAUGCUUGGAUUAAAGAGAAUUUUUCUAAUAGGUUUUAUAAGUUUGUGCUUGGUACACUAUAUAUCCGCUGGACAGAAAAAGAAUAGGACCAAGCCUACAAAGAAACUACGCAGAACCGAACCCCCGGAAACUACGAAAACGACAACAAUAAACACAACCACAUCAGAUGGCAAUAACGUCACAACACCGACAAUAAUAACCACGACCACAUCAAAUGAUCUUGGAAAGAAUAAGAAUAAGAAUAGGAAUAAGAAUAAAAAAAAUAAGACUAAGGCACGCAAACCCAAACGUCCCAAGAAUACGCCAUUAACCACAACCACAUCAAAUGGCCUUCGUUCUGGAUUAGAAAUUCCCGAGUGUGUUCCUAGUGAUGUCCCUGAUUUUUCAGGCUAUUGCCCACCCGGGUAUAAUCUCAAAAUUCCCGAGUGUUGUGUUCCUGUACAUGUGGAUUUUGACCCAUUCGGCGGUGGGAUUUCUGGCGAAGGAAAUGACAUUUGUCCAACCGGGUAUGAACUCAAUAUAACAUGUACUACAAAUAGUACUACUACUACAACUGAAAAACCUGUUAGUGAUGUUGACGAAAACGGACUCAAAAUUACUAAUCCAGUGGAGGACAAAACAGCAUCUGAGGAGGCUCCUCUACCAAAUGAUUUAGUUUCGAGUGGAGCUGAAGAAGAUGGCAUUGCAUCGGCCGAGAGAGCAACAAAUAAUUUACCUCCUCCUGGAUAUGACGGGUCGGAUUCCAAAGCUGACGACACUCCAGCGGAACUAAAAUCGUUGUCCGAUGAGGAAAAAACGAUUUCCGAGAAAGCCGUUUUGGAAGGCAAUACAAUUGAUGUUGGUGAUGGACUAACAGCG